AUGGCAUCGCGCGUGGGUGCCGAGCGGAAAAUAAUGUGUCGCGUCGCGCCGGACGGGCGACGGGCGCGGCGACGGGCGCGGGCGGUGCGCGCGCGGGCGAUUGAAACGCCGGAGACGGUGCGCGCGUCGGACGUGGAGGUGGUGGAUGGACGGCGGCGGUUGCAGACGCAGGCGACGACGGUGGGCGCGGACACGACGUGCAUUCGGUCGCUCGAUUGGGAUCGAGAUCGAUUCGACAUCGAGUUCGGGUUGGAGAGAGGGACGACGUAUAACUCGUACGUGAUUCGUGGGGCGCCGGGGAACGCGGCGUUGAUCGACGCGAGUCAUGAGAAAUUCCGCGAGUUGUACUUGGCGACGCUGCGGAGGGAGAUCGACCCGGAGGAGAUCAAGUACGUGAUUUGCUCGCACACCGAACCCGAUCACAGUGGGUUGAUCGGGGACGUGUUAAAGAUGGCGCCCAACGCGACGGUGCUCGGGAGCAAGGUGUGCCUGACGUUUUUGGAAAAUUUGAUUCACGAACCGUUUAAGAGCCGGGCGGUGAAGGGGGGGGACGUGAUCGACCUCGGCGACGGGCACGAGUUGAAGUUCAUCAUGGCGCCGAAUUUACACUGGCCGGACACCAUGUUCACGUUCGACGCCAAGUCGAAGUUGAUGUACACGUGCGACGCGUUCGGAUCGCACUUCUGCAGCGAGGAUGUGUUCGAUAGCGACUUGAACGCGCUCAUGCCGCAUUAUCGAUUCUAUUACGACUGCCUGAUGAAACCGAACGCUCGAUCCGUCUUGACGGCGCUUCGUAAGUGUGAGAGCGAGGGCGCGGAUUUCGUCGGCAUCUGUAACGGUCACGGGCCGCUCCUGCGGUAUAAUCUCGACGAACUCGUGGGCGGUUACAAAAAUUGGAGCGAGUCGGCGUUGGCCAAGGCCAAGGCGAACGUCGCCGUCUUCUACACCGCCGAGUACGGUUUCUGCGAUCGCCUCUCGCAGUCGAUCGCCAGAGGCUUGACAAAGACUGAGACCGAGGUGGUGAUGAUGGAUCUCUUGACUGCGGACUCGCAGGAAGUGAUCGAGACGACGAAGCACGCGUCCGGCAUCGUCGUGCUCUCGCCCCCGUCGUCCGGUCCGGCGAACGAUCAGCUCGCGAAUAUCAUCGGUGCCGUGGACUCUAAACAAAAGUUCUUCAUCGCCGAGUCUUUCGGAGGCGCCGACGAGCCGGUGGAUCUCUUGGCCACGAAGUUCGCCGAGCUCGGGGUCACGGAGGCGUUUUCACCGCUCAAGGUGACGAACGAGCCCACGGAGGGAGUGUACCAAUUGUUCGAGGAGGCUGGCACUGAUCUCGGUCAGCUCUUGACCAAGAAAAAGACGCUUGCUGAUAUGAAGAGCGCGAUGUCUCCCGAAGUCGCCAAAGCGCUCGGACGCGUGAGCGGAGGCUUGUACGUCGUCACCGCCGCGCAGGGCGACGCGCGCUCGGCGAUGAUCGCUUCUUGGAUCGCUCAGGCCUCUUUCGAGCCGCUCGGUUUCACCGUGGCCGUAGCGAAAGAUCGCGCCAUUGAAUCUCUCAUGCAGGUCGGCGACACGUUCGUGCUCAACUGCCUCCCGGAGGAUGGUUACGAACCAAUCAUGAAGCACUUUUUGACGCGUUUCCCACCCGGCGCCGACCGCUUCGAGGGCGUGGAGUGGGCACCGGCGAACUGCGGUGCCCCGAUCCUCGGCGACGCCGUGGCGUUCAUGGAGUGCCGCGUGAAGUCUCGCAUGGAGGCCAACGACCACUGGAUCGUGUACAGCGAGGUGUUCAACGGCAAGGUGUUCAACUCUGACGCGCGCACCGCCUCCCAUCACAGAAAGGUUGGAUCGUACUACUAA